GCAGUAAGACGGUUGUCUGCCACCUCGCUUUGUGUGCAAAAGUCUCCAGCGAGACAACAUGGCGGCGUCCAUCGCAGGGAAAGGUCUAGAAACAAAUGACACAGUUUAUGACGACUUUUCUGAUGCAUUUUCAGUUGUUCAGAAAGAGUUAAAUCAUCUGAAAUUUUGCUAUGAUAAUACUGUGUAUCAAAUUGAGAAAUUCGUGAAAACUUGUCCUCAUGUCAAUAUUGAACAAUUCCUUCCUAAAGACACACAGGAACGUGUUCAACGGGUCAUCACGACGCAGCCGGCAAUCAUUGUGAUCGGACAGUCAAACUGUGGAAAAAGCAGUUUAAUAAAUGAAAUUCUACGAGGUUCUAUUCUCCCAACCGCAGAGGUACCGUGCACUUCGAAAAUUGUUCGACUGAAACACAGCCGUGAGCCAUACUUUCAAGAAUUAGACAAAGAUGGUAACUGUAUUGAAGGAAAACCGAAGGAGACGCUAACUAAAAAGUUAAAGGUACCUCGAUCAGUUGUUGCUGUACCGGGAGCAGAGCGGAAUGACAAGAGUAAAGUUGAAGGUGUUGUGGAAGUGGGGUUUGAUCACCCCCUGCUGGAAAAGGGCAUUUCUAUCGUUGAUGCACCUGGAUUCAGUGAAAAUGCUACCUUGGAUUCUCUUGGACAGAAAGAAAAUAAACGAACUCCGGAAGAAAGUACCAAGAGCUACCAUAUUUUAUGUUUGCAACAAAGUUGAAGUAAAUGAAAAGGCGCUUAGAAUGGAUCAAACAGCCGAGGAAGCUGAUUUGCCGAGAGAAACCCCUGAUAAAGCAGCAAUGACAUUCAAAGCAUUGGCUCACAGUGGUCUACUGGACAGCGAAACCAAUACCGACGACAAUCCGUUUUUUGCUGCGGUGUCGGUGAAAGAUGUUCAUCGAUCGAGAAAGAGAGGUCAAAAUGACGAACGUUUUCAACAAUUCAAAAUUAAGUUUUUGAAACUGGCAGUACAGACUAUGCACAGCCACACAAUUGAUGCUCUAUUGUCCGUGGUAGACAUGCAUAACGUUCUUUUCUACGGUAUGUGUGGCUCACCAACUCAAAGGGCAUUACUCUCGCAUUUCAUGGCCGAGCUAAAAAAGCACUCCUUUGAAUUCUUCGACAAAACAAAGAAAGCCAUUAAGAUACGCAAGUCAGUGCUCGUGCAUGUGGUCAAGAAAACAUUGGCUGACAAUAAACAUGACAUUAUUCGCGACGCGAUGAAUAUGAAUUUUUUGCCCAUAGUUGGUGAUACAGUCAGGAGAAAUGAAAUCAUCCUUCAGUGCAGGGAGCAAAUAGAAGAUCACAUCGUCAUAAAAUGUGACACACUGAUAAGAGCAAAAAUGGCAGCCACAUUCGAUGAGAUAAACAAAAUCUGUCAAAGAGAUCUUCGGGAUGUAUUAGUUCACAUACGUGACGCAUUAGGUUACAGCAUUUGGCACGAUAUAAUGGGGUUUCAACAGAGCAUUCUUACCUGUCUCAACUUUACGGAUAGAAAUGUUCUGGUUUUAACCGAAACAAUGUUUGAUAAACUUAAAGAAAACGCGUUGACAUUUCUAGAAUAUAUGCAAGGGUUGAAAGUCACCAAAGAGUGGAAAACCAAAGUAGCAGAAAACAUUUUUUCACUUAUAGACCCAAGCGAAACUGCAAAUGGUACGGUGAACCUAAUGAAAAGGAGAGUGGCUAGCGCACGAGAACAUUUCGAGCAAACCCUAAAAAACAUGGACAGUGCCACAUCAGCCAUAGGCAAAUUGAGCCCUCAAGAGCAAAGGUCACUCGAAAAGGUGUCCCCUAUUGUUGCACAGAACAGCUGCAUGGCUAUGGCUCUUCUGAAUAACAAUUUAUAUGGUCUUCUAGAGUUUGGGGAGACUCAAAGCACCUCAGAUAAAAGCCAAGUUAGACUGGUGACCAACCCUGCUCAACUUGUAGGAAGAUAUGGAGAGUUCGCAUAUGUGGGGAAGAUGGUCCAAGCAACUGAUCUUCAUCUUCUUCCACCAAACGUGGCAAUGGGUUUUCUCACUGCAAGGCUGUUACCUCACAAUGCAAACGUCCUUCACUAUCUGGACGUGGUGAUAACUACUGAGUUCCAACCUGUUCUGAUAAGACAAAGAUACACCAUCAACUUAAUGGAUGCAGUGCAGACAACCAAGUGCAUACAAGAGAAAGAGCGCAAAAGAAUACUAAAUGAUGUCAUUCAGGGCUUGGAGCAUGUUCUGUAUUUUGCAGUAGAGAUAGAUCUGAAACCUACCCAUGUGGUCACCUGCUCGCAAAAAGAUGCCCGUGAAAGACAAUGGAAAAUCCUGCUAGGUCCCCGCGAAACCAGUAACGUGUAUCCCAACGGCUACCAUCCUUUUCAUCUCCCCCCAGAGGCAUUUGACAAAAGCAGCGUAGGUUUUGGUGAACAUCAGUACGUCUACAGUCUAGGCAUUCUCCUUUGGUUGCUGUUUAAUCCUGAGUAUGCGUGGCCAGAAUUCGCCAGACCAGAGACUUCCCGGGAUGAUUUUAUUCUAGCCGUGGAUGAAGGAAACAAACGCCCCGACGCUACCAAAUGUUCUCCCGCAGCUCAAAAACUGUUCGAACGCUGUUGGAAUGCGGACCAGACAAGAAGGCCAAAUAUCAAGACAUUUAUAAAGGAACUAACCAAAAUAUCAUAAUCUGUAAUGGUUCAUUGACAUAAAUGCUUUCUACGAAUUUUGCGAAUGAAUAAGCUCUGUCUCUGUAACGUUGAUGAUCCAAUACGAGUUACCUCAUCAGUGAUUGAAAAUGCAUGCCAGUAUAGUGCGAAUUAAAUGUUCAUUUUAAGCGGAUGUGUUUAUUUUAAACUUUUUUAAUAGUCCAUGGGCCAAAUACGGAAACCCUCCCCCCCCUUAGUGAUAUUCAUUCACUAUGUUUUUCUGAUAGCUUAUGUCCUGAGUUUAGAUUUUCCGCUUGUUUGCCAUUAAACUGGU